UCCUCUUCUCCUGCAGUGUGUGUGCGCGAUUUUAUAAAAAGCCAGCCCCUCCAAAAAUAGAAGACAAACAAUGGCAUUUACUUCCCAAGGAAUAAAGAAAAAAGUUUGCUACUACUACGACGGUGAUGUUGGGAAUUAUUACUAUGGUCAGGGCCAUCCCAUGAAGCCCCACCGGAUCCGCAUGACACACAACCUCCUGCUCAACUAUGGCCUCUACAGAAAGAUGGAGAUAUAUCGUCCGCACAAAGCCAGCGGUGAAGAGAUGACCAAGUAUCACAGCGAUGAUUAUAUCAAGUUCUUGCGCUCCAUCAGACCAGACAACAUGUCAGAAUACAGCAAACAAAUGCAGAGAUUUAAUGUGGGAGAGGACUGUCCAGUGUUUGAUGGUUUAUUUGAGUUCUGCCAACUCUCAGCUGGGGGCUCAGUUGCCGGUGCUGUAAAGUUGAACAAGCAGCAGACAGACAUCGCAAUCAACUGGGCCGGAGGUCUGCAUCACGCCAAGAAGUCGGAGGCCUCGGGGUUCUGCUACGUCAAUGACAUCGUCCUAGCUAUCCUGGAGUUACUUAAAUACCACCAGAGAGUUCUUUACAUUGAUAUCGAUAUUCAUCAUGGAGAUGGUGUGGAGGAGGCGUUCUACACCACUGAUCGUGUCAUGACUGUGUCUUUCCACAAGUAUGGAGAGUACUUCCCAGGCACUGGUGACCUUAGGGACAUUGGUGCUGGCAAGGGCAAAUAUUAUGCUGUGAAUUAUCCCCUGAGAGAUGGGAUUGACGACGAGUCUUAUGAAGCCAUAUUCAAACCUAUCAUGGCCAAGGUGAUGGAGAUGUACCAGCCCAGUGCGGUGGUCCUCCAGUGUGGAGCUGAUUCUCUGUCCGGGGACAGGCUUGGUUGCUUUAACCUCACCAUCAAAGGCCAUGCCAAGUGUGUGGAGUACAUUAGGGGCUUCAACUUGCCGCUACUGAUGCUUGGUGGAGGCGGUUAUACCAUCCGCAACGUGGCACGCUGCUGGACGUUCGAGACUGCUGUGGCCCUUGAUUGCUCCAUCCCCAACGAGCUUCCAUACAACGACUACUUUGAGUACUUUGGACCAGACUUCAAGCUGCACAUCAGCCCCUCCAACAUGACUAAUCAGAACACCAAUGACUACCUGGAGAAGAUCAAGCAGCGCUUGUUUGAGAACCUGCGCAUGUUGCCUCACGCCCCUGGUGUUCAGAUGCAAGCCAUCCCAGAAGACGUCGCGCACGAGGACAGUGGAGACGAGGAGGAAGAUGCCAACAAGCGCGUAUCAAUUCGCGCUCAAGACAAAAGGAUAGCGUGUGACGAAGAGUUCUCCGACUCUGAGGAUGAGGGUGAAGGAGGCCGCAGGAAUACAGCGAGCUACAAGAAAGCCAAGCGAGCCAAAACCGACGGAGAGAAGGAGGCAGAAGAGAAGAAAGGUGAGGAGGAAACAAAAGAUGUAAAAGAAGAGGAGAAGGUGCCAGAGGAGGAAAUGGACACAUCAAAGCCAAAAGAGGAGUCCAAGACAUCUUGACGUUCUCGCACCCAGUGAUGCCAGUGCACCAGACCUCAGCUGUUAUUAAAGAGGGUUUUUUCUAAAUAAAUUGUUUUUUGAACUGCUGCUGUGGAAAUCAAUGAAGGGUUGUUCCUUUUAAAACGAGGUCCGACU